GAGGCUAGUCCAAGCGAUUGAGUGUCGAAGAAAGAUGUUGUAUUUUAUUAGUUCCCUUAGAUUUGGACUUAUAAACAUUUAAAGAGUAUUUACAUACUCACCAAAGACACUAAAGAAAAAUGUAACUCUACUUCACCAAAAAAUCUGUCAAGUAAGUGUAUAAUACCAAAUCUCUUAAUGGCGCAUUAAAAUUUUAGUUCGAAAUAAUAAACAUUUUAAAAUGUCUGACCACACUAAUACCAGUCCCAAAAGUACACAAGUGCAGAGCAAAGUCAAUAGUUCAAGUAGUCCGAAGCAGCAGGCAUCAGCAGCAGCAGCAUCAGCAGGGUCAGGGGGAGCGCCGCCUAGUAAAAAGGGCCCUUGUCCGUGGCUAUGUAACCUGGUGCCCACCAACCUCCCCGCUCCGGGGCCAGCCCAGGCUGUGCUACAUCCCAGGAAAGAUGUAUUUGUUCUAAAGGUAGCAAAAGUCGGUCCGAAUGGCGAUCGUCGGUGCAAGAUGGAACUUGAGCUGGUUACUCCCAAAGGUCCUGAAAAGAAGCCGCCAUGUCGUAUCGACACCAGAGAGACCCAGUGUGAACCAGAGCCGCCACCGUGCUGUUGUUGUAUGAGACAAAAAAAGAAGAGGAAAAUGUAAACUUAAAUAAAAACAGGGAAAAUUCUAUGGAACUUAAAAACCAUGUUUUCGAAAUGACCUUUUUUAUAUUAAUUUUUGAUUUCAAUAAAAAACCUUUAAAAGCCGAUCAAA